AGAUUAGUUAUGGCAUGCCGUUUAUUGAUAUGUUUGUUGCAUUGUGUAAGUUUUACUUUGUCCGCAAGCACAGAAAUAAGUGGACCUGGAGUUUGUAUGCUACCAAAUAGCACAAUCAUUAAAUGUUGUGCAGGAUAUAUGCUCGUAGGAAACAUGUGUUUAGAAUGUAACCCUGGUUACGCCGGUGAGAACUGUUCAUUGACCUGUGAAUCCGGGUACUUUGGGCUUCAGUGUAAUGAACUAUGCCGCUGCUCCCAGGAUGAGUAUUGUGAUCCAGCAAGAGGAUGUCUGUGUAACUCAACCAUUGAUUACUGUAGAGAACCAGCAUAUGAAGAAGGUUGAUGAGUAAACAAAAUGAGAGUUAAAGCUUUGCGGUACUAUAUAUAAAUAAACAGGUGAUUUUAUUAUACUCUGGCCGAUUUCAUAAUUAUGAUAUGAAAUACAACAAUUUGUUAUCUAUUAAUGACUCGUUUACAUAACUAGUUAUGCUUUGUUUGUGAUGAAGGCGUCUCUAUUGAUAGAAUCACAGAGAAACAACCAAACUUCCUUAUACCCCAUUUUUGCUGAACUUGGCAUUUGUUCCCUUAAAAUAAGUACGAAUUAUUGUGUAGUGUCCCUGCAGAAAA